AUAAGUGGGUUAAAAUGAACGUCCAAGACGCGUUUAGAGAUUAGGAGGCUCGGCUCUCUGUCCUAAUAAACCGCAACAUUGAGAGGUUCUUGUGUAUCCCUCCUCAUAUUUAUAUACUCAUUCUCCUCUCCCCGUAUAAUUAAUUAAAUAAAAGCCUUAAUUAAUCUCCUUCAAUUAAAAAAGAACAAGAACAAUGAAUCCCAUUGCAGCAGCACCAUUUGUCUUCCUCUCAACAUUGUCUGUGCUACAAUUUGUCCUCGUUGCAGGCCAUGAAAGUCAAGGCACAAACGGCGGCAGCAAAGCAGGCGUGGUGAAUAUGAACCUCAUUCAACAAGCAUGCCAGCAUGCGCCUCACAAGGACCUCUGCAUCAACGCCCUCAAGAACGACCCCAACAGCAAAGGAGCUGACCUCAUAGGCCUCGCCUACAUCUCCAUCAGGCUCGCCGGCGCAUACGCCUCUGAAGUGGACGCGCACUUGAGAUCACUGCUCAUAAACAACGCCACCACCUUAUCGCCGGUGGUCCAGCAGGGCGUGGCCGACUGCAUUGAGCAUUACUCCGACGCGAACGAGCAGCUCGACGACUGCGUAGCCGCCAUGUCCACCAAGAACUACAAGGACGUCGAAGUCUGGGUCAACGUUGCCAUUUCUGACGCUGACUACUGCGAUAACUCGUUCGCCGGAGAGAAAAGCGUCGUUUUACAGAAGAACGAGGAGUUUCGCCAGUUGUGCAAUAACGUUUUGGCCGUCGUCAAGGCCUUGCCACCCCACGGCAAGGAGUGAUUAUGUACAUAUGGAAUGGAUCCACUUUAAUUUUAAUUAGUAGCUAGCUAAUUGAUUGAAAUUAAUUUCUGUAAUUAAUAUUAUAAAAUUUUCAA